AUGUCUGAUGGCGAUUUGGCCAUGGCCACGGGUGCCGGUUAUGGCCUGGCGAAUGACAACGACGACGACGAGCAAGAAAACUACGACGAUUUCAUGAUCUCUGAUGACGACGAAAACGAUGCAGAAAUCGAGAUGGACGACGCAAGCGAUGUAUCGUUCGGUGAAGAGGCCAACGAGCCCCGCGUUGUUUCACACCCAUCUAACCCUGACAGCGGUCUUGUCUCUGUUGCGCGGGACUUGGUGGAACAGAAACGGUUCGAUGAGGCAAACCAAGUCCUAGGUAAAGCUGCACUGCUACCGCAGACACAUGCAACGGUUGCGGCUGUUUUGCAGAUCGUUCGCUGUACAUAUCUUAUGUGGGCCCAGAGUCUGUUAAGUCUGCCGGUAGACGCAAGCGGGUUCGCUUCUGUACAGGAAGCCAUUGAUAGUCUAGAAAGUGCGCUUGAGCUUGAUCCAGGACACGACGAUCAGGCCAGUUUUCGGAGCCUUUUGAAUGAACUUGUUCCGUCUCUGGACUCCGUCUUUGUUUUGAAUCCAGCGUGGAAAACAAAUGGAGUUUCCAUUUGCUGUGCCCAGCUGUUUUUGGUACGUUGCUCGCGACUGGGCAGCCGACUUAUCCCGGAUUUAUGGCGAUCCCGAACUUUGCAGUACGAAAUUGCAGUAUUACGACUGAGCGUCGAAGAUACAACUGCUGCAGAGCGACCACUUGUCGAAAAGCUGUAUAAAUCGCACCACACAAGCCAGGAACAAAUUGGCAAUCUCGAGUUCGUUCUUGCCUGGUUCAUAUCCACAUCAUUGAAUGAAUUUGACGCUGGAGGCAUUAGCAUCUGCGAAGAACUUGUGGGUUCGAUCUCCAUGCUUUUGCAAAAGUCUUUCACCCGGCCGCUACCUUUGAUGUCCAUUUUGCAUUUCACCAAAGCGUACCUUCUCUUGGACCAACUUUCCACUACUAACAAAAAGGUAAGUUUACGUUGUAACGCAGAGUUUUGGGAGUCCUUCAAAUGUCUUGAGGAAUUGGGUAACAAAACGUCUUUUCGAGACCUGGUUUUGUGUGCCUUCGUUUUGACGAGUUUGCUCCAGCUAGGGCAAAAGACGAAUUUAGACGACAUCAUUGUCCCGUUUGAACUGGAACAGCUCAAAAUCCUGGACUCACUGAUCAAGCAAAACUUGGAAGAGCUCUACCAGGCAUUCGUUGAGUAUAACCUUGAACGUUUUGCACUUGCGCUGGCCGCUACGCAGAUGCUAUCUUUCUCACACGUUCUGCAUCCUUUAUUCGCUUCUGUAGUCCGCUUAUUGCAGGUUCGCAUAUUGUGGCACCGUUUGGCUGUCUGUUACUCCUGUAUUUCGCUGGCAGAUAUGCAAAGACUCCUAAAAGUGGGUGAUCUGCCCGAACUAUCCCGCAACUCGGUUCUUACUAUUUUGAUGCGGAGUAUCAUGGACGAUACGGCCCCUGUGUACUUUAAGCUGGAUCUGACUAAGGAUUUAGUACAUUUCGGGGAUGAAGGCCGCAGACCGCUCACUUCUUACACGCGGGACACCUAUCUGUCGUCGCGGGAUCCCAGUGGCCAGAAAUCCGGUCUCCACGCCCUGGGUCCUCUUGAAGCGAGCGCUAUUCCUAUCGAUGAAUGGCUGGACAGCAUUGGUAUCUUUAAUUUACCUCCGCGUAGAUUGAAGGGUCUACGACCUCUAAAAUUACUGCAAGAACUGAAGGGUGCGCGCGAGAUGCCUCCAGCGCUAAACGAUAGUUCCAGCCAUACUACAACUCUCAAGCUUACGGAAAUGGCAGCAUAUGUUCGUGAUAUGCUGCAGUAA